AUGGCCGACUCCCCUGAUCAAACCUGCACAACUAGGAAACGCCAGAGAUCAUCUGACAGAAUCAGUGUUCUGCCAGAUGAUAUCAUUGUUCGCAUAUUAUCAUUUGUUUCAAUGGAAGAGGCCGUGGCCACCUCCAUUCUGUCAAAAAGAUGGCGUCCUCUUUGGACUUUGGUUCCUAUUAUCGAUCUCCCCGAUUUCGAUUUUGACAGCAGCGACAUUCAGGAAUUGUUCAUUGAGUUUGUGAGGAAUGUUUUACGGUUUAACAAAGCAGUUUCUCUUGAAAAACUCCGCAUCCAAUGCAAUCCAGAUUAUGCCUCAGACUUCUUCAAUCGGAUCAAGACGCUAAAGGUUUUGAAACUGGGUGAUGGAGUGUUGGUAGAUGUUCCUUCCGGAGUUUCCUUUCCAAAUCUCAAGACCCUGCAUCUUUCGUCGGUUAAGUACACGGAUGAUCCUUCUGUUGCCAAUCUUUUCUCUGGUUGCGUAGUUCUUGAGGAAUUGCUUAUAAAAAGAAUUUACAGUAAUGAUGGGAUCCAUAUGAAUAUUUCGAUAUCUACAUUGAAGACUUUGUCCAUAGAGUACGAUUCAGGACUUAGAGACCACUCAUUCGAGAUUAAUGCUCCAGCUCUCGAGCGUUUGAACCUUAAAGAUGUUAUCCUACGGAGGAAUUAUUGGAUGUUUAGACCAGUUAUGCUUGUUCAUUCACCCGAAAACGCAAACAAGCUCUUAAGAGUGUUUUCCGGUGUCAAGUCUCUUUCUUUUACAGUGCUUAACUGGCCCAAUGAACUGUACCGGGACUGUAAUCCGUUGUUCGUUAAUCUGGUUCGAUUGGAGCUAAAUGUUGGUUUAAAGAACUGGAAUUUGCUAUUGCUCUUCCUUGAAAAUUCUCAUAUUCUUCAAUUUCUUGAACUCACUCUCAGUGAGGGUACUCAGAGUUCGUUUGGCUCUAGAUAUGAAAACACCGUGACACUGCCAAAGCAUGUUCCCAUAUGUUUUCUGUCAAGCCUCGAAACAGUUUGUUUGAGAGCAUUUGAAGAGUCUGAACAUGAGCUGCAAUUGAUAGAAUACAUUUUAACUAAUGCUAGAGUGUUGAAGACAAUGACAAUCUCUGCCUAUGAUUCCUUGUUGGAAACUUUCCUCGUUGACGAGAAAUUAUCAACGAUCCCAAGGUGCUCCAAGACUUGUCAACUUGAAUUCAAAUGUCAACCAUAUGUUCCAACGCCGUAA